AUGGUAGAGACAAGGGCAGACGACGAGCAACAGCAGCAGGCUUCUGCCGGCGAGAAACACAAGACCGAGGUGGAAACCCCAGAGGCGAAGCGCACCAAGGUCGAGGCAGAGGAUUCAUCUGCCGAUAAAGACAAUGAAAAGGACAAGGGAGAAGAGUCAAACACUCAUCAGACCAAAAAGGAAGAGCAGGAGGAGUCCAAGGCCGAUGUGAAAUCCGAAAAUGGUACCGCCGGCAAAGCCAAAGCAGACAAAGACACAGACAAGAACGCGCCCGCUAGCAUCCUCGAAAAGGGCAUCAUCUACUUCUUCGUCAGAGGACGCGUGGACGUCGACAAGCCCGAGGACGUGGACGACAUUGCGCGAAGCUACAUCAUCCUCAGGCCAAUAGGCCACGACGCAAAGCUCAGCAAGGCGCCGCUUGCGGAUGCUGGAAACACGCGGAUUGUCGUUCUGCCGAAGAAAGUUCUGCCUUCCAGCGGCAGAGACCGCUUCCUGGCGUUUAUCGACAAGACAGGAGCAUCGUAUGAUGAGAUCAAGGGUCAAUUUCUGGCUGGCGGAGAGUAUGAGACCAAGACCAAAGGCACCAGACACACGCCAGCGGCUACACCUGUGGGUGAAGGUGUCUACGCCAUUACAACUACUGGGCGCGAGAGUCAUCUUGCGUACAUGUUGACGAUUCCGCAAGAGCUCGGCGAGGUGCAGAAGGAUCUUGGUUUGAAGGAACAAGGGAGCUUUAUCAUCAGCACCAAGAAUCCAGAGUAUCCGGCGCCGGCCUCUGCUCGUCUUCCCAAAGCACCAGAGUAUCCGAAGAAAAUUCAUGAUGAGUUCCGAGACUUGCGGUGGCUUCCCACCAAACCACAUCACCUUGACUACGUCAAUAGUCAAAUCCUAAUGAUUGGAGAGUCGUCUGGUAUCAACAAGGCUUUGGGCGUUGAGGGCAAUGGUGAUAAGAAGGCGAACAAAGAGGAGCCUCUUGAGGAGAUGGAGGAGUUGGAAGAGCAGGACCUGAAGCGGAUGCAGCAGCUGUCGGGAGACGACUCGGCGUCGAUUUACAAAGAUCUGAAGGCUCAUGCGGAAGAUUAUCCGAAGCUUCAGACCACCUUCUGA